CUGAAGGAGACGGUCUUCCUCACCGAUUUUGCUCAAAUUGUGCAAUUUUGUGUAUUUUGAUACGCUCAAUAAGAAUAUCGAAGAAAAAAUCGUCGCUCUCAAACGGGUAAAAAGUUAUGAAGUGUAAAAGAUCAGCAUUUGUGAGGUUAGGAAAUCUGUCACACUGACGACUGCUGACGACAUAGAGGGAGAUUGAGAACGUGUAAGAGAGAAUAGUAAGUCACGUGACAGCUGUCUGAUUGGUAAGUGCAAAAUAAAACAUAAUUUAAAAUGAUUUCCCUCUUUUUCCGUAAUUCUAUAAUGUUUAUUAUACUAUUUUGCCAUCUUAUCACCAUGCGGUUGCACGACUUUUUGGCAAUAACGCACAAUGAUAAAGAGCUUAUCGACUUUUUAAUUGUACAUAAUUUAAUAAAUAGUGAUAUAACGUGUCCACGGUGCAAUAAUACAGUGACAAUUAAUAGAGAAAAGCUCUUAUUUCAUUGCCAUAAAGUGUAUUAUGAGAAAAAUAAACAUAAAAAAAAAGUAAAAAAACAAUGUGAUUUUAAAGCAAGUGCAAAGAUUAAUACAUGGUUCAGCAAUUCCAAAUUGAGCUUGGAAACGGUAUGCAGAUUAACUGCGUAUUAUAUUAUGUUGAGGCCUCCACGACAUGAAUUUUUAUGUACAGAACUGCAAAUUUCUGAACAUUCUAUAGUAGAUUGGAUUUCUUUUUGUCGAGAAGUUUGCAUCAAUUGGGCUGUAAGAAAUUCAACAAAACUUGGAGGACCCAACAUAAUAGUAGAAAUAGACGAAGCUAAGAUUGGCAAGAGAAAAAAUAACUGUGGCCGAAUUAUAGAGGGAAAAUGGAUCUUUGGUGGAUAUGAAAGAGAUACAGGAAAAGUAUUUCUUGUACCUGUACCAGAUCGCACGCAAGAAACUCUUCUUCAAUUUAUUAAAGAGUGGAUCUUACCUGGAACGACAAUAAUGUCAGAUUGUUGGAAGUCCUACAACUGUUUAAACAGUGAAGGCUUCCAACAUCUGACUGUUAAUCAUUCGAUGAACUUUGUCGAUCCAGAUACUGGUAAAUAUAGACAUAUUAAAUAUGUAAUUAACAAAUUCAUAUGUAGACCAUAUUUCCUAUAUCACAAAACAUAUAAAUAUAUAAAAAUAUUAUUUUAUUAACAGGAGCCCACACUCAGCAUAUUGAACGCGUUUGGAGAGAAGUCAGAGCUAAUAUCCCACGAUUUGGAACACGCUCUGCACAUUUAGAGGGAUAUUUAGCUGAAUUUCUCUUCAAACGCGUUCAUAAAUAUGAAGACCGUUUAGCCGCUUUCUUCCGUGCGAUUGCAGAAUUAUAUCCACCAAAGAUCUGCAAUGAAGAUAAUUUAGAAAAUAAUUCUGAAUCUUAAGCUUAGCUAAUUUGCAUACGGUCUUCAAACUCAAUUUAGAAUUGCUGAACUAUGUAUUAAUUUUUGCACUUGCUUUAAAAUCACAUUGUUUUUUUACUUUUUUUUUAUGUUUAUUUUUCUCAUAAUACACUUUAUGGCAAUGAAAUAAGAGCUUUUCUCUAUUAAUUGUCACUGUAUUAUUGCACCGUGGACACGUUAUAUCACUAUUUAUUAAAUUAUGUACAAUUAAGAAGUCAAUAUGUAAGCUGU